AACACACGCCUCACUCUCUAUUUACACGCUUCAGGGGGCCCUGAGUGCUGCGUGCAGAGGCAAGGGGGCCAGCCACCCCUAACCCAGCCCCUCUUUGCAGUGACUGAGUGCACGUCGUUGGGGGCCGGUGGCCUCAGGCUCCCGGGGCUGUUCUCUGAGGAGGGCCCCCAGAGCGCCUGCCCUGCUGUCCCCAGGAGGGGCUCGCAGCAGCAGCUCCACAGCCAGUUCACCACAACCCUGUGAGGUAUUUGGAUGAGACUCAGCCCGGGGAGAAUCCCCGUCAGAGGGAGCAGAGGACCCUCGGCCCAGAUCUGUGCCUGAGGUCUGGGAAUGAGGUGCUCAUGCUGGGAGCUCCUGAUGCACCCCUACCGCAGCUGCUGGCCACCCCCACCCUCAGCAUGCCAUGGGCCCUGCCUGCCUGGCCAUCACCUGGCCUCCCGCCACUCCUUCUGGGGCUCCUCAACCCCAGUCCACAGGCUCAGAGGGCUAGCCGGCCCAGAUCUCCACCCCCGCACUGCUCUGAACUCCCCCGUGCUCCGAGGGCUGUGCCAAGGUUGGGGUGGAAACACACGGACCCCUGGUUCCGUUGGGGAGGUCCAAGCAGGCUUGGGGUGUCUCAGAGCAAGGUGGGCCCUCUGCAACCCUGUUUCCUGCAGUUCCAGGCCACACAGGCCCAUGGGCGACAGUCCCCUGGAGUAGCCCUCAGUGAGAUGUGUCCCAGACACAGAGGGUGCCUUUGAGUAUAAUCGGAAUAUUGGUUCUCUUUCCUUUUUAACAAGGCAUGUGUAGACAGUGGGGCUGCCGGUCACCACCUGUGGGCCUGGGUCCCAGGUUGGGGUGAGGGCACAGCAGCUAGGCCUGAGGUCUGGGGUGUAGAGAGCGCCCCAAGAGGACCACCCCUCUCCAGAUGGAGCAGAAUAAUAAUAAGCAGGGAAAGCCUAGGUAGACAGAAGACUUCAGUGAGUUUCCUGCUGCAGGUGUCUUCCCCACGAGACCCCCAUUCUCCAGGCGGCAGCACCACCAGACCAGCCACCUGGAACAGGGGCGGGUGGACGGGCAGGGUCCCCACCAGAGGGACUUUGCGACUGUGCGUUUCCCAGCUGCUCUGAGCUGUUUCCAUUGUUACUUUGUUUCAGUGCUGACUUGUUCCGAACUCCAGGAACAUAAAUAAAUGGGACCUGUUUUUCUAAGACACGGUCACGCUGCUCUUACUCGGUUCUGUUGUGCCCAGGGACGUCACCAGCAUGCGUCACCCAGGGAGCCUGGCUCCCAUGACUCUGUGGGGACAUGCACAGCGGGACCUUUGUCUGGGGUCUCCCUGGUCCACGCCCAGGGCCACGUUGCCCGCUGCAGCUCCCAAGCGCGGGCCCCCCUGCGGUGGGCACAAGCGGCACUCUUCAGGGGCCCGGUGCUACUUAGCCAAGCACUCGGGCAGCUCUGCUUUCACCAGCUGAGCGCUCCAAGGACAGGCUGGCCACUGGCAGACGCCUCCAGGGCCAGAGGCAAAUAAGCACCCACGACCAAAAUAGCUGUCAGAUGACCAGAGGGCCCGCUCGCCACCUUUGGCCCAAAGGCGAGCUGCUCACAGCAGCUGCAGCUAAAAAUAAGCGAGAAGAGCACCCAUCUUUGGGAGAAUCGCAACGGGAGAGCACCGUCCUGCCUUCGGGCCGCCACAGGCAGGCACGAUGAGGUCGCUGCGCUUCAUUUCUGCUGAGGCCCUGGUGUCUCACCCCCAGGUGGCCAAGCAGAGCCUGGAUGGUGUGGCCCACAAUCUCUACCCACUCCUGUUCAAAGCCAGCUACUUGCUGGAGCAGGCAGAGGUGAUCCGCACCCUGCUGGAGCGCUGGCCGCUGGAGGAGUUCUGGCUGAGUGCGCUGCUCGGGCCGCGCUCGGAACCCCCGGAGGACUUGCGGGACCGCGCCUGCCGGGCCUGCCUGGAGGCCUGUGUGCAGGGCCUCGCGGACCACGUGCUCCGGGCCGGGGGCCCGAGGCGGCUGCGGGUGGCAGACCUCACAGGCAUCCGAGACGUGCAGGUGCAGCAGUGCCCCUGUGGCAGGGCGCUGGGCAGGUGGGGCCGCACGGAGCUGCUGGCCCGGACCUGCUGCCGGCUGCAGGCAGAGCCCCUAGUGGCCCGGCGCCCCAUCCAGGUCCUUGCUGACCUCUUUGUCACAGAGGGCAACUUCAAGGUGGUGGUGCAGGCCCUGGGGCCAUCAGGCCCUGCCCCACUGCGUGUGCACUGCCUUUCUUUCCGCGCUGACAGCCUGGGCCCCAGCCAGCUGCUGCACGUGCUGCGUCUGGCCGGGCCGGGUGAGCUGCGCAGGCUCGAGGUGGUGCACAACGUGCGGCUGCAUGCGGGACACGUGCAGCAGCUGCUGGCCCAGGUGGGCUUCCCCCAGCUGGCCUCGCUCACCCUGCCUGCCAAGGCCUUCGACGCGCCCCCCACCAGCACCCCAACCCCCGACGGCGAGGACCCCCUCCUCACCUCCAUCGCCUGGGAGCUCAGCCAGAUGACCCAGCUCACAGAGCUGAGCGUGGCCUUCUCCACCCUGACAGGGAAGAUUCGGAAACUGCUUGGCCCCCUGAGGACACCGCUGAGGGUCCUGGACCUGGCCAACUGCUCCCUGAACCAUGCGGACAUGGCCUUCUUGGCAGACUGUGCCCACAGCACGUGUCUGGAGGUGCUGGACCUCAGUGGGCACAGCCUGCUCGGCCUGUUCCCCUCGACCUUCUUCAGGCUGCUGGGCCGGGCUGCCCAGACACUGAGGAUCCUCACCCUGGAGGAGUGCAGCAUCGAAGACAGCCACGUGAGCAUGCUGAUAUUGGCCCUGAGCCCUUGCCACGAGCUCUGUGAGCUUCGCUUCCUGGGGAACCCACUGUCGGCCCGGGCCCUGAGACGCCUCUUCACAGCUCUCUGUGAGCUGCCCAAGCUUCGGUGCGUAGAGUUCCCAGUGCCCAAGGACUGCUACCCUGAGGGCACCGCCUACCCCCAGGAUGAGCUGGCCAUGUCCAAAUUUGACCAGCAGAAAUACAAUGUGAUUGCUGAGGACCUCCGGGCUGUGCUGCUUAGGGCCGGCCGGGGGGACAUCCAAGUCUGCACGCCCCUCUUUGGGAGUUUUGACCCAGAUAUCCAAGAAACAAGCAAUGAACUUGGAGCUUUCUUGCUGCAAGCUUUCAAAACUGCUCUAGAAAACUUUUCUAGAGCGUUGGAACAAAUGUAGUAGGCCCUUGAGCAGGCCAAAGGGGGCCUUGUAGUUCAGCUGCACGACACCCCGGGCAUCCUGAGUCAGCAGGCUUGGGCAUCCGCUCCCCCGGCCACCACCAUUUGAAGCAUCUCUUAGUGAAACUCGUGUGUGACGCCCAUUAAGCACUAGAGGAGUGGAAACUCUGGCUCCAGGAAAGGUGACUCAAGGCCACUUUGGUGUCAGAGCUCCACGGGGACCCACGAGCUGUCCGCCACCGUGGUAGUGGUGAACAGCGGAGCAGUGCCGGGCGGGAUGGGAGCAAGGAGAGGGAGCCCAGACAUCAGGCCAGGGCCAGGAAGACACCAGAACCUGUCACAGAACAGGUUGUCUGUACCAUGUCUGGGUGGUUUGAGUGAUUGAGUCCUGAUGCAUAAAUGCUUAAUUACAAUGUCGGGGCUAGGUUUCUAUUGAGAUCUGACUCAUACGAAGGGCUGAGUGUUAGGAUGAUUACAUACUAAUAAAACAGCAGUGUGACUUAUUCGGACGUGGCUUUAAUU